AUGUUCAAAAAAAAGCCAUCGAUCAAACCGCUUGCACCACUUCGAUCUUCCGACCGGAGGAAGAUUGCAGACAAGAUCAUUCAGGAAUACAGCAUCUCAGUCCCGGAGACACCAGCAGCUCAGCCUGAAGUUGAUGAGACAUCAGCUCAGCCCACCACAACCGCACCCAGCCUUUCAUCUAUCCGAAACUCGCUUCUACCAGAAAACACUCUAGCGGGACGAUUUUCGACAACGGUAGGGCCUGACUUACGGCCUGUUCACGGUACUCUAUACGUUGGAACGCACCCAGACGGCGAAGAAAGAGUAUUAUGGAUCAAACUUGAGCAAGGGCCAGGAACGGAUGGAAGGAUAUACCCUACUGUAUAUUCACUAUGGCACAACCCGGGGCUGGUCCCCUUGCUGUGCACAACAGGCCAUGUUAUGGAGAAGCUCUACAACGGUGCAGAUCUUAUGACGCCAGGCCUUACAAACGGGCCACCAUUUCCGAAAGGGGCUGUGAAAGGCUCUGUUGUUGCUGUUUCGAGCUUGGAUAAGCCCAGUGUUCCUACAUUUGUGGGCGUCUGUGAGAUUGAUGUUGCUGGGCUAACGCAAGUGCAAGGUGCAAAGGGACAUGCCGUCAGGGGAAUUCAGUGGGAGGGAGAUGAGCUAUGGGGCUGGGGUUCGGCUGGAAAACCUGGCCAGCCAUCACCAGACCACCUAGAUGGCUGGAUUGGUGAAACGGAAGAGGCGGAAGAGAAGCUCCAGGAGUUAGAGCUAGGUGAUGACGAGGAUUUAUAUGGAGGCAUGGAUGGGGGUGUUCCGAUCAACGAGGCUCAAGAGGAACAGCAGGCAGAAGAGGGGGAGGAGGAAGAGCAAGAGGAGCUCCCACCUCCAACCACGAAAGGUAAGGAUUAUCAAGUAUUACAUUCCCAAAGCAAUUCUAAUAAGGCAAAAAUGUUAGAAAUCGACGAUGCUUUCGAGAAGGCGUUCCUAUAUGCGCUCUACCAGCACAAAAAGGACCAUCCCGGGGACCAGAACCAUGGCUUGUCAUUCCCCAUCCAGCCAUCGUUUUUGAUAUCCAACCUUAUCACUCCAUUCUUGCCAAUAUUUUCGCCUAAUCAGGCACAAUAUUACCAGAUCAAGAAGACAUCAUGGAAGAAUGUUAAGAAAUUUGUGAAGCACCUCGACAAGAUAAAACUAUUGAAGUCAAAGGACAGAGGCGGGGAAACAAUAGUCAUGGAUGUUGAUUUUAAUGAUAUGCUUGUCGAACAGUUUGUCCCUUACCGGUUGCCCAAGAAGACGAGCUCGGGAGGCGCAAAGCCAAAACCUGCCUCUGAGAAUGCCGCAGCAAGCAUGUCAUCCGAGCAGGUUAACGUCAAAACACUCUACCGUCCAAGCAGCAAGUUGGUACCUGAUCUGUUUCCACCCCUAUCUAACACCGACGUGAACAACUACUACUCGGCUUCUGACGUCUCCAAACGCCUCAACGACUACAUCUCCUCACAGGAUCCGUCGAUCAUCUCUCCCUCUAAUCCUCGAAUUCUCACACUGAACGCCUUCAUCAGCAACAAAAUAAUCUCUUCCAACGACAUCGGGACCCUUUCACGCGGGACCAUCCCACGAGAUGCUCUGUUAAAGAAAUUACUCGAUGACCCUUCAUUAUGUGCACCUUUCCAUGCCAUCCUUAAGCCUAACCAAACUCUCUCGGAUGUGAAGCCCAAGCCAGGUGCCCUCCCGAAAGCAACGAUAACGAUUGAACGCCGCACAGGAUUAAAGCUGGGUACCAAAGUAGCUGGGCUAGAUAGAUUUGGCAUAUCGCCUCAACUACUAGCAGAUGAGCUGUCGAAGAAAUGUGCGAGUAGCACUAGUGUUAGCCAGGCAGUUGGUGGUGCAAAGGGGGAAAUGGAGGUUUUUCUUCAGGGUGACCACCGAGGGGUAGUAGAGAAACUGCUUGUAAGCAGGGGUCUCAAAUCCCAGUGGAUAAGCAUCGUGGACAAAUCUAAGAAGAAAUGA